ACCACAAUUAACAUUGUAUCAACCAUGUGGCCAAACUGUCAAUAUUGACAAGAUUACGCACAGUAAGCUUAGGUUAUUUUAGAGAUAGGUCUGGUUAACCUUUGGCACCUGACGUUUGUUUGCGCAUAGUGAAUCCAGAGUAAGUUGCCCUCGCAAAGUAUGAAAAUGAACUAUUCUGUCUUGUUUGAUACAACUGCACUACGGGUGAGUGUUGAGAACCAAAUAAACUCUAGAUUCAUAUAGGCUAGCCUAGACGUAAAGCAACAAGUUAUCGGCAUCAAGGAGGACUACACGCCGGAGUCUUCUUGCGUUGUUGUGCGUGACAAGGUGCCAAUCAACUCGCAAUUCUGCAUUGUAACCAGUCUUCAAAUAUGUCUUCCACACUUCCAGACAGCCCCCUGACCACCUAUGUGUUAAACACAGGUGACGGAGUCCCAGGGGCAAGAAUGGCCCUCAGUCUGCACCGACUGGACUCACUCCUGGUCAUCUGGAAACUAGUGACUGUGGGAACCACCGACGAAGAUGGUCGCUGUCCUGGACUCAUCACUAAAGAAGCGUUCAAGCCUGGGAUGUAUAAGAUGCGUUUUGAGACUGGACAAUAUUGGGAGAGUUUGGGUCACACCUCCAUCUACCCAUAUGUUGAGAUUGUCUUCACUAUAACAAACCACAACGAGAGAUUCCACCUGCCCCUGCUCCUGAGCCGCUUCUCCUAUAGCACGUGCAGGGGUAGUUAAACCUCUGAGCCUCUGUCCACACUAUACCAUUAGCCUUCUUCUAUUUUGCCUUUUAAUGAAUGUGUCCUUGCUUGGAUGUGGUUGAUCUAGCUAAAAUGCUUACCUGUCCAGUUGAUACCUGUGGUCUAGAUACUGUAGUUUGAAAUAGUCAUGAUGAUGAUGACCUGACAUCAAAUGGUGGCAAAACAAAAUUAUAUUACUGACGUUGAUAUUAUUUAAAAUGUCUGCUACCUGUGUGUUUAUCACGUGCUGAAUAUUUAGCUGUUUGUCUGUUCAUGAACAUACACAUUUUGUAAUCUACCUGUCAAAUUGCUCGUCCAUAAUGCAACGUGCGUGUGUGUUUCUCAGCCAAUCACAGAGCAAGAUCGAGCUCUGCAGAAAGGACCCAAAAUCGUCCUAUUCGCGCAUAAAUUAAAUAAAGUUAAUUAAAGC